UUUCCUAUUGUUGCCGGAAGUGACGUCCGUAUUCGGGGGCGCUUCAAGAAGAAGUAUUUUUAUCCCCUCGAUCUACGAUUCGCCAGAGAGUCCCGGUCUCUCACUUCGCAGUCCGAGCCCCUCUGAGCCUCAGAACCAGGCAGACUUCGAAUCUGCACCUUGGGAUCGGACUGGACGUAGAAAAGACUCUCGGCAGGGUCAGUCUUCCCAGGCCUCUGUACGAACGUGCUGUGGAAUCUGCAGCGGGGAAUCCAGGAGCGCAGGGGAGCCGGCAGCUUGGAAGGUCCUGCCGCGGUGCGUGGCGGGCUUCCACCCGCUGCUCAGAAUACAAACGGUCGGCGGGAGAAGCGCGUCUCGGCGUCGGCGUCGGGCCACGGGGAGUCGUUGCUGGAGGCUGGGCUCCCGGGGCUCUGGGAUUGCACAUGCUACCACCUCCUCUGCCCGUUGUGCGGGGCCGGAGGCCUUUGGAGCCCGUUCUUUGCUCGGCCGCUGCUGGAUCCCAGCUGUACCUGUAUCUUACUCUUCUUCAAAAUAUUUAUUCUGCUGGUACUGAAGAGGAUGUGUUCCAGGGACAUACUUUGUUGACAGAAAUUCCAUUACCAAAGUGAACUCAUUUUAGAGGAGCUUCAUUCCCAGAGAAUUCAAUACUCAAGGUGAAAAAUUAGAUAAUUUCCAAAGCUGGAGCUGAAUCAAAUGUUAAAUAAUGGCAACAGGUGACUUAAAAAGAAGCUUACGGAACCUAGAACAAGUGCUUCGCUCGCUAAAUUAUCCUAGAGAGGUGGAUUGUGUAGGUUUGGUAAAGGGAGACACAGCAGCCUCUCUGCCCAUCAUCAGCUAUUCCCUUACCUCAUAUUCACCAUAUGUAGCAGAACUUCUGGUGGACUCCAAUGUAGAGCUCAUAGCAAAGAAUGACUUACGCUUCAUAGAUACUGUCUACAAGCUUCUUCGUGAUCAAUUUAAUUAUAAACCAAUCUUGACGAAAAAGCAGUUUCUCCAAUGUGGAUUUGCAGAAUGGAAAAUCCAAAUUAUAUGUGAUAUUUUGAAUUGUGUGAUGAAAAAGCACAAGGAGUUGAGUGGUCUUGAGAAGGCUCCAUCACAACAAAGAAAAAAAAUCAGUUCUGCUAAGUCAGAACCUUGUUCAAGCGCUGAGAAGACAUCAACUGAACCUGUGGGCAUUGACGUCACUGGCAGGUUUAUGACUUCGGGAAAGAAGAAAGCUCUGGUGAUCCGGCACCUGUACAAUGAAGAUGGUCCUAACAUUCCUGAAGAUACAGUAACAGAUGUUAAUGAAGCAUUUGAUAUUUGUGACUUAAAGGCUGCUGAAAUAAAGAUUCCUGAAUUACAGGUUCCUGAAAUUCAGUGUGAGCAGCAAGAUACAGAAGUCAAUCCUGAGAUUAUUGCACUACAGACUAUGCUUGCUGAAUGCCAAGAAAAGCUGAAGAAACUGACUUGCAUAGAAAGUAGAUUAGAAUCUUUGGAAGAAAAAAUGAAAGGGAAAGUGAUGGUGAAUGAAAAAACCUGGGCUGAUCUUCUAAGUCGUGUCACUCUUCUUGAAACAGAAAUGCUUUUAUCUAAAAAGAAUGAUGAAUAUAUAGAGUUUAAUGAGAUGAGUGAAGACUGUGCUUCUAGUAGCGACAUGGAUAAUCUCAAUCCGGAUAGAAAAAGCAAAGAGGAAAGGCAAGCAAAUAUUCCUUUGUCCUCUGGUUAUCGUAUGGUAUCAUCCGAUUCAACUCCCAGAACCUCAACUAUUAAUUACUGUGGUUUGAAAGAGAUUUCUGAGGAAACAACAAUCCAGAAAAUGGAAAGGGUGAAAAAAAUGCCACACCACGAGGUAUGUGGGAUCUUAGUUCCCCGACCAGACAUUGAACCCACACCCCGCUGCAGUGGAAGCAGAGUCUUAACCACAGGACCACCAGGUUUUCUGAUUUUGGAGUCUGCCUGGUUGACUGAACAUCGGAUGAAUGACUUGGGCUCCCCUGUCUUUGGUGAGCUGGACAGAUGUGGUACUUGUGAAACGUUGUGGGGAAAGAUCUCAAUUUCAUCCUUUCCACUUAAACCUAAACUCAAAAACAUUUUAUUUUCCCUAAAAGUAUACAUCGCAAUUUACCUUGGAAAGUCUUGGAAUACAAUAUUUUAGUUUCUCUGGGAAUAUAAUUAUCUGCAAUGAGUUUUUACAUAUUGUAGGAAAUUAAUAUUUCCCAAAGGAUAGAGGGUAAACCCAGCUGCCAUUUUGAGUCUUGGAUGCAUUGGAACACGUUUUCCUGCUGCUACUUCUGAUAGAGCUGACUUGACUCCAAAUAAAUUGUCAGUAAAGGGAGCAUUGACUUAUACUGGCUUGAUUUUACAUAUUCUCGUAUAUGAAAUGAGUUUUUUUUGUUUUAACAAAAAGUAAGUCAAAUGUCUGACUUGCUAGUUAUAUUUGAAAAACUUAGAAAGA